CACCAACCAAUGUGGAGUGGCAUUGCAACGGCGCAGCCGAAGCGGAUGGCCAUGCCGCAUUCCGAUUGACUUUUGUUGGUUUUCCAUCACUACAACCUACCUACCUACUACGAAACCGUUCCUGAGCGCCUCGCCGAAACGCCCGCGUACUGCGAUGCUUACUUGGCCUCGCUGAUCUGCAUCUGGCAAUCGGUCCUGCGACCUCAUCCCCACCAUCCUCAUCAACUACCUAGACAGCGACUCUCCGCCGGCUCUCCUCGCGUUCCAAGAUACCUUCUUCGCAACGAUGAAGCUACCUCCCAUCGCGGUAGCCUGUCUUUCCGCUCUCGCCAUAGACUCAUGCAGCAACGUCAUCGCGCAACGCCUCAAAGCAUGGAACGAAUCCAAGCCCUUCGUCUUCGACCGCGUCCUCUUCACCCAGUUCGCCAUCAUGGUCGUACUCACCGCGCCCAUCAACUAUCACUGGCAGAAUUGGCUCGAGCGCGCGUUUCCGGGCUGGAAGACUGUCAAGCAAACAAGGGCUGUAGGGGAAGGUGAAGAGGAGAAGGGCAUAAUGCUGAGAGGUGAUGGAGAAGGAAAGGGCAUUGUGGAAGAAGAGGUUAGAGUGAGGAACUGGUGGAAUAUUUUCAAGAAGUGGUUUACGGACUGCAUAACCAUGGGCGCGCUACUGAACCAGUCAAUGUUUCUGAUUCUGAUUGGUCUCAUGAAGGGAAAGACGGUGGCGAUGAUUGGGCAGGACUUCAGAAACGAGCUAUUCGGUCUCAUCUUCGACUCGUACAAGGUCUGGCCGAUUGCCAAUUUCUUCAGCACCACCUUCAUCCCUGUUGAGCGUCGCAUUGUGUUCCUCAGCUUCUGCGGUUUAUUGUGGAACAUAUAUCUGAGUCUGGUGGCAGCUCGAUUGUAGACGUACCAAGACGCAACAUAUCACGUUCCGCUUAGAAUAAACACGUCGAAGAUGAGGACUGCAUUACGCUGGUAUCUAGAUCAAGUAGACAUG